AAGUGGUUCAGCUGGUCAAGAAAUACAAGCAGGCUGUCACUCUUGCUAUUGGGGAUGGAGCCAAUGAUGUCAGCAUGAUAAAGGUUGCUCAUAUUGGUGUAGGUAUCAGUGGGCAGGAAGGCAUGCAGGCAGUGCUGUCCAGCGACUUUUCCUUUGCCCAGUUCCGUUACCUUCAGCGCCUCCUGCUGGUGCAUGGCCGCUGGUCCUACAUCCGCAUGUGCAAGUUCCUUGGAUAUUUCUUUUACAAGAAUUUCACUUUUACGCUUGUCCAAUUCUGGUACGCCUUCUUUUGUGGUUUUUCUGCACAGACUGUUUAUGAGGACUGGUUCAUCACCUUCUACAAUAUGGUUUACACAGCUCUUCCAGUCCUUGGCAUGUGUCUGUUUGACCAGGAUGUAAAUGACCGUUGGAGUUUAUACCAUCCUCAGCUCUACGCUCCAGGCCAGAAGAACCAAUAUUUCAAUAAGAAAGCUUUUGUGAGCUAUCUGAUUCAUGGCUGCUAUUGCUCCUUAAUCAUCUUCUUUAUCCCAUGGGCUUCCAUGAAUGAUGCAGUCAGAAAUGAUGGAAAAGACAUUGUGAGCCAUCCAUCUUUUGCUUUCCUGCUACAGACCUGUCUGCUUAUUGUGGUGCACACACAGCUGUCUCUUGACACCUAUUACUGGACAGCAGUGAACCAUUUUUUUGUGUGGUUAAGCACGAUAGGCUACUUUGCCAUCUCAGUCACCAUGUACAGCAAUGGCAUGUUUUAUGUCUUCCCGUCUUCUUUCCCCUUAUUUGGCGCAGCAAGAAACACUUUGAACCAGCCUAAUGUGUGGCUCACCAUAUUCCUGACGUUCCUCCUCUGUAUCCUGCCUGUUGUAGCUUUCCGCUUCAUUUUUAUACAGCUUCGUCCUACCAUUAAUGACAAGGUGAGGUAUAAGAUGCGUACAGAGGAGUUGACUGCACCUGCACCUCGUCGUCUACUGAGAAGGCGUAGUACUCGAUCAGGCUACGCCUUCUCUCACUCCCAGGGCUACGGUGAUCUGGUAACAUCUAGAAAAUUCCUGAUAAAACGCCCCCUAAAGAUGACAGCUCUGUUCACCCAGACAGACUCUUCCAUAUUUCAAAAUCAGCCACAGCACUACCGCACUAUUGCUGAGGAGCCACAGAGUCCUUAGCCUGGUACACAGUACACAGAUACUGAAAGACGACAUAACUUCAUAAUUUUCAAGCCAACCUGACACUGAAGACAAACAAAACAGGGUAAAUUUAAAAUAUAUGGUGGUUUCCAGAGUCAGCAUAAAAACUAAUGGUGUCUUACAAUGUGUGAAUAAGUUUUUAUGUAAAAUGCUGAGUCGUUAUAAAAACAAAAUAAAUAAAAAAAAAAAACAAAAAAACCCUAAAAUUUAAACAGGUUUAACCACGUAAGCCCCACGCCCCCGGUACCGGGGCAAAAAAGAGAUCACGUUUAAUCGGUUAUAACACGGGGUGAGAAAUAUAAGUCCAGACAUGUGUGGUAUCCACAGAAACCUCUGAAUCUCAGCUAAAAUGUCAUAUAAACCAUUUCUAAAACCACCAAACACAUCGAAAACACGCCAUGAUUAAACGAGCAGUUACGUAAAUGCGCAGAAGACUGCUAAACAAACAAAACCGAACCGGAAAUUCUCCAGACUUCAUGUAACUGGCUAAAGAAAGGCUGGUUAGCUUCCAGAGCUAUCACUGACUCCACACACCAAGUUUCACCACAAUCAGACCAAAAUUCACUGAAUGAGCCGCAAAAGAAGACCACAAAAACACAUAGCGGCGAAAAUGCACUAAGACACAGAUUGGCUUACCAUCCCGAUUUCCUCCAUUAUUUUCACUGGUAGCCGGUAGCCACGUGAUUAUCAGAAGUUACCACACCUACCUAGCCGCAUUAGAGCCGUUUUCCGUCAACAACCGCCAUUUUAGACCCACUUAUAGACACGUGACUGGACAGACGCCACAUGCAGCACAUUUGGGCCCACGUGGGUUUUGGCAUUGCAACGUCUGAUUGGUUGAAGUCACGUGAAUGUGGCAUUGUUACUUUGAUUCUAUUGGCUAAAACGAUUAAAAAGAGGUGUCAAUCAUGCAAAUUGACCAAAAGAAACCAAAGUUACAGCCCCUUGGAGUUUAAAGGGCCAGAGACCAAUUAAAUGCUUCAUGCGCACCGCAGAAAAGGGCCAUUACCAUGUAAAUGUGUGGUUAAUUCUUCAAAAAUAUAUUUAAAAGAAAGCAUUUUUAGGCCUGUUAAUAAAAUUUAUUAAUUUCUGCUCUUUAAUACCUAAAAAAUUCAACUGGCACGGUGUCCAAUUGUGUGCCAAAAUUGGACAUUUUUGUACAACAUCUGGAUAUUCAUGUAUUGUCAGGGCUGUAAUUUUUCACUGUUUCACUUUAGAAACAUAAGUCUUUGCACAGGUGAUCUGAGGCAUAUUUUUAAAAGGGUUAUAUCCUAAAAAUUAAAAUUAAAAAUUAGGCGAGGAUAAAAUAUACUUACUUUUUCUGUGUUCCAGUCUCAGUAACCUUGACGCAUUAAUAUCUGCUUCAAUAUUUACACCUCUGAUGAAAUCUCACAAGUGUUAGCUUUAUUU